GAAGAAGCCAUCGAAUUCGAAGGAAAUGGGCGUCGCGUCGUCGUCGCACAGCCUUGGCGACGACAUCCAUCGGAUCCUCGUCUCCGAGUACGUGCUCCAGAGCCUCAAGACGCUCGACGAGAGCUGGGGCAUCUACCGGGACGAGGUCCACUUGGCGCGCUUCUUGACGCCAAGUCAAUUCGAUGAGGUCUUUGGCAUCGUCGUGCAAGACGCCGAGCCGCACUUUCAGCUCUUUGAGCACGGGCACGCCGGCGACGCGCCCGUCGUUGUCGCCGUCGAAGUCUUCAUCGGCAUCUGCCUCGCGCUGCCCGUCGACAUCAAAGAGAAGCUCACGUUUCUCAGCCGCAUGUACCUCGCCGACCCCAGCGACGUGUACAUUGCGAGCCACGUUAAAGUGGGCAUGUACCGCGAUUUCGUGGCGGCGAUCACCAAGGUGCUGCGCGUGACGGAGCCGCCGUCGACCGAAGUGAUCAGCGCCAUCGAAAGUCUUUUGCGCGACAACAACGACGACUCCAAGCACGUGACGAUCAAAGAGGCCACCGAGUUUGCUCUGACGCACCCCGCGAUUUGCCUCUGCUUUGAAGAAAUCGAGACGCUCUUCGCUGGCCUUCGCGACGCGCAGCUCAAGACCGGUAAGCCCAGCGUCUACGACCCGUCGUUCGACGACAGUGACGGUCUCGACGCGCCUGUGCCCCCGCCGCACGCACCGCUCUGGCGCACCAAGAUUCGCGACAUUGGCCGGCUGCCAUGUACGACGCAAACCGCGCUGGAGCUACCCGACGACUUGCACGCGUUCCUUGCACUCAAGCAGCUGCAACUGCGCAAGACCGACGUUGCCCUUGUUUACGAGCGCGGCAAGACGACCAAGACGGGCGGCAAUGUGAUUCUCGGCGUUGUCGACUGCGCCACUUUCGUCAAGUGGACAUCUUGA